UAUGAAAAUACCGAACAUAUUUCCCUUGGAACGCCAGAAGGCUUUUUAGUUCUCUACACGCCUUUCAAUUUUCCAGAAAAGGAAACCUCCGAUUCUCGAUCGCCAAACCCCCCAGGUUUUCUGUUUUGCUCUCAGCCGCGAAAUGGAGGCAUUCGAUAAGAUCAAGGUGACCAACCCAAUUGUCGAAAUGGAUGGGGAUGAAAUGACUCGGAUUUUCUGGAAAUCUAUAAAAGAUAAGCUUAUUUUUCCCUUUCUGGAAUUGGAUAUCAAGUACUUUGACCUUGGCCUCCCUAAUCGUGAUGCGACCAAUGUUAGAGUCACAAUUGAAAGUGCAGAAGCUACUCUUAAGUACAAUGGAGCAAUCAAAUGUGCAACUAUAACUCCUGAUGAAACUCGUGUUAAGGAGUUUAAGUUGAAACAGAUGUGGAGGAGUCCAAAUGGGACUAUCCGGAACAUUUUAAAUGAUACUGUUUUUAGAGAACCUAUAAUCUGCAGAAAUGUUCCCCGCCUAGUUCCAGGUUGGACAAGGCCAAUAUGCAUUGGGAGGCAUGCUUUUGGUGAUCAGUACCGAGCAACUGAUGCAAUCAUAAAGGGACCUGGAAAACUUAAGUUAGUUUUUGUACCUGAUGGGUCCAAUGAGAAACAAGAAUUUGAAGUUUUCAACUUUACUGGUGCGGGAGGUGUAGCUCUGUCCAUGUAUAACACUGAUGAGUCUAUCCGAUCCUUUGCAGAUGCAUCUAUGAAUACUGCCUACCAGAAGAAGUGACCACUUUACCUUAGCACUAAAAAUACUAUCCUUAAGAAAUAUGAUGGAAGAUUCAAGGACAUCUUCCAGGAAGUAUAUGAAACACAUUGGAGAUCAAAAUUUGAAGCUGAAGGAAUUUGGUAUGAACACUGUCUUAUAGACGAUAUGGUUGCAUAUGCUCUUAAAAGUGAAGGAGGUUAUGUAUGGGCAUGCAAAAACUAUGAUGGGGAUGUGCAAAGUGACUUAGUAGCACAAGGUUUUGAAUCUCUGGGACUGAUGACAUCUAUCCUGGUGUGCCCAGAUGGAAAGACCAUUGAAGCUGAAGCAGCACAUGGUACAGUUACCCGCCAUUACCGGGUUCACCAAAAAGGUGGUGAAACCAGCAUGAAGAGCAUAGCUUCUAUUUUUGCUUGGUCACGAGGUCUUGCACACAGGGCAAAGUUGGAUAAAAAUGCCAGACUAUCAGAUUUUGUGGAGAAACUUGAAGCAGCUUGUGUUGGAACUGUUGAAUCUGGGAAGAUGACCAAGGAUCUUGCACUCCUUAUCCAUGGGCCUAAGGUCCUUAGGUCUCAGUAUCUCAAUACUGAAGAAUUUAUUGAUGCUGUAGCUGAGGAGCUGAGAGUUAGAUUGUUUAGUAAAGCAAAGUUGUGAUUUCUUGUUCAGGCUCAUAUUAGUGAAGUCUCCAAAAUGAGUAAAUAAAUGAACACUGGUAUAAGUUAUAGCCUUCAAAAUCAAAAUCCUCACAUAAAUAACUUAAUCGUUUUCUUUUGAUUUUUUUUUAAGUGGACUAUGUACCCCUUCACCACAUUCUUCAGAAUCUGUUAUGACGUAGAAGGC